AUGGUCGAACCAACACACGAAAAAAGAGUUAAAUCCAUUGCCAUCAUUGGAGGUGGACCAUCAGGAAUUGCGACACUUUAUGAUCUUACAAGAGCAUUGAAAAAUGGAACUUCAUUGUAUGGCUCCAAAUAUAUAAGGAGUUAUGAACAAAGAAAAGAGGUCGCUUUUGACAAAAUUGUCCUUUUCGAAAGAAAUCAAUUCACCGGAGGAGUAUGGUGUCGGAAAACUAGAGGAAAUUUUAACAGUGAUCCUGCUGUUCCAGAAUUAUCUUUACAAAAGGAAUUGACAAAUCCGGAUAAUAUUUUCGUGAAAGCUUUGAUCAGUAGGGAAUUGAAGAAAAAGCUAUCGUCAUCUUCAUUUAAUCACCCAAUUGAAGUAAAGAAGCAAGGUGGAGAACCUGAGGAUUUGUAUCAAUGGAAAUCAUCCGCUGCUUAUGAAAAACUCUUUACCAAUGUUCCUAACAAAUACAUGAGUUUUUCUUUUGACCCAUUGAGUUCUAAGCAACUAGUUGAUUUAGAGCUUCGCUAUAAAAAAAUUGCAGGGUUUGAAUCAGCAGAUGAUGUCGGAAAUUACCUAGAUGAUGUGUUAAGGAAUAACGAUCUUACAAGAUAUGUUCGUCGUGCAUCAAAUGUUGAGAGGGUAACAAAACUACCUACAGGAAAAUGGAGACUUUUUAUUCGACAGAGUAUCAAAAAGACCGACAAUUCUGUUGAUCUAUGGUAUCAAGAAAAUUUUGAUGCUGUUGUUAUUGCAAAUGGUAAGACUGUUCCCAUUGUUCCGUCAUUUAAAGGUUUUAACGAAUUUUAUGAGAAGACAAAGGAAAAAAUCUGGAUAACCCUUGCCAAAUCCUUGAAAGAUCCAACAAAACUGAAGAAAGCAAAGAAGAUAUUAAUCGUGGGUUCUUCUGUUUCUGCUGUGGAUCUUAUACAAUACGCCUUUCCUAGAAACUUGGACAAACCCUCUGUGUUCAUCUCUAGACGUUCGGAAAAUCAUGCAGGUCGUGAUUGGGCAGAUUUCUGCACACACACACGAGGAAUCACUUCGAAACCCGAAAUUGAUCACUUCAAUGCAGCAGAGGAGAGCAUUGUAUUUAAGGACGGUACUGUUGAAAAGGGAUUCGAUACAGUGAUUAUAUGUACAGGAUAUCACAUGUAUUAUCCAUUUCUAGAGUCCGAUUAUUUAAAGUCACAUUCGAAUGCAUUGAAAUUUUAUGAUUAUACAUUUUCCAUAGAUGAUCCAACUCUCGCACUAGUUGGAAAUACAUAUGCCGCAUUCAUAUUUAAUCGUGUUGAAGCACAGGCUGCAGCACUAGCUGGCGUCUGGUCUGGACAAAAACAGCUUCCGAUAACAAGUGUGCAAUUAGAUUGGUACAAUACUGAAUUUCCAAAGCCUUUGAGGACAUAUAGCGUUGCGGAACAUUUCAUUAGACCAUUAGAAAGGUAUUUCUUGAAGGGAAGAAAGAAUCCUUUGGAUGUUGAAGGAAAAAGAGAUCAUGUUGCUGACUUAGGUUUGUCUCGAUCCAAUUUACAAAUCAUUUUUAACAAAAUUAGAAGAGGUGAACUAAAGACUGAGGAACUUAUUUAA